ACUGCGCAUGUCCAAUUCAAGAAUGAUGCUGUCGGGAUACACGAAGAAGAAUCCCGACGAGGAAUUGAUCUUUUGACCGAAACAUCGUCCAUUAUUGGAACGUUUCGAGACUUGUUUCAAGGUCUUCCGACUCAGCCGGCGGUGACACUCUGUGAUGCAACACACCGUUGCUACCGACUAUCUAGGAACGGAAAUUCUACAUCAACUUCUCCGAUGCCCUACCAUCCAUAAAGUUGUCGUUUUGGUCAGUGCAGACAAUGUAAGGCUUGGGCUCGAUCGCGUUAAAAGGAGAGCUCACCUAGCUGGAUGGUGGCAUCCUGACGACGAGCAAAAGGUACAAGUAUGGCAGGGAAAUUUGGCUGCAGAGAGUUUCGGCUUAGAUAAAGAUCAGCGGCUUCCGCCUUUGCGAAAAAUCCAGCAGCGAUGCAAAAGUCGACGCCAUCAAUCCACAAUGGAGCUGCUGUGAACUGGGUUGCCAGUUAUAGUGAUCUGCACAAGACUAACAUUGAUUCCGCGGUACAACUACCUAAAAUUGCCAUUGAAUCUACGGCGUUUCCCAAGUACCUAUGUUGACAUCUCUGGGGGGCUGAAGAAGAGAGCA